UCCACUUCUCCACUCCUUUCCCAGAUAAAGACUUUCUUUUGAAAUAAUUACAUCCAAAUUGUCACAGAAUAUGUAUUAACUAAUGUACAAUGUAAUGACAUAUCGUGUGUCAUAAUGUGAAGUGUAUUUAGCUUGUUUUAACAGAGUUCUCAUGCUAAAUUGUUAGCUAUGCUAGCUCUCGUCCUGUUAGCAAUGUAACGUAAACUAACCCCCUUCCUUACAAAUGUGCGCAACCGCGACAUUCAAACUAGCCUGCAAAGAAAACUAAUGCAGCGACUGUGUUGACAUCGAAAUCUGUGGCGUGAACUACGUUUCUAUUAUUGCAUUGAUUGACAUGGUAAUGGCUCUAUAGUGUAGGAAAAAACUGACACCUCCGACUCUGUACAUCGUGACGUGUCAUGUCGUAACGUACAGCAAGCACGAAGCAACUAAUUCUGUCUUACAGCCUCUCUCCACCAGGUGUAGAACUUCUCUCACUGCUUAAAAACAAGAAAGGGACAGGGUAAGGGGGAUACCAAGUAUUUCUUUUGCGUCAUCACUGCAAGCUAUAUCAUGACUCUCAAAAGCCGCUGUUUACUUCUGAAGAUCACUUUAGCACCGCCUAAAACCCGAUUCAAAUUCGACACAAACCUUCAAAUAGGACCUGAGCCCUAGGACCAUGCCUCAGGACUAUCGGGCAUGAUUACUCCUUGCUGUCCCCAGUCCACCUGGCCGUGCUGCUGCUCCAGUUUCAACUGUUCUGCCUGUGAUUAUUAUUAUUUGACCAUGCUGGUCAUUUAAGAACAUUUGAACAUCUUGGCCAUGUUCUGUUAUAAUCUCCACCAGGCACAGCCAGAGGAGGACUAGCCACCCCAACAAGGCCUGGUUCCUCUCUAGGUUUCUUCCUUGGUUUUGGCCUUUCUAGGGAGUUUUCCCUAGCCACCAUGCUUCUACACCUGCAUUGCUUGCUGUUUGGGGUUUUAGGCUGGGUUUCUGUACAGCACUUUGAGAUAUCAGCUGAUGUAUAAAAUAAAUUUGAUUUGAUCUGUACCCGCACCCCACCAUACCCCUGUCUGCGCAUUAUGCCCUGAAUAUACUCUACCACGCCCAGAAAUCUGCUCCUUUAAUCUUUGUCCCCAUCGCUCUAGGCAACCAGUUUUGAUAGCCUUUAGCCGCACCCUCAUUCUACUCCUCUGUUCCGCGGGUGAUGUGGAAGUAAACCCAGGCACCCUCAUUUGUUGACUUCUGUGAUCAAAAAAGCCUUGUUUUCAUGCAUGUCAACAUCAGAAGCCUCCUCUCUAAAUUUAUUUUACUCACUGCUUUAGCACACCCUGCCAACCCUGAUGUCCUUGCCGUGUCUGAAUCCUGGCUUAGGAAGGCCACCAACAAUUCUGAGAUUUCUAUACCCAACUAUAACAUUUUCCAUCAAGAUAGAACUGCCAAAGGGGGAGGAGUUAGCCUGCAAAGUAAACUUUCCAGGUCCAUACCCAAACAGUUCAAACAUCUAAUAUUUUUUUUUUAUCUCUCCAGAAAUAAGUCUCUCACUGUUGCCGCCUGCUACCGACCCCCCCCUCAGCUCCCAGCUGUGCCCUGGACACCAUUUGUGAAUUGAUUGCCCCCCAUCUAGCUUCAGAGUUUGUUCUGUUAGGUGACCUAAACUGGGAUAUGCUUAACACCCCGGCAGUCCUACAAUCUAAGCUAGAUGCCCUCAAUCUCACACAAAUCAUCAAGGAACCCACCAGGUACAACCCUAAAUCUGUAAACAAGGGCACCCUCAUAGACAUUAUCCUGACCAACUGGCCCUCCAAAUACACCUCCGCUGUCUUCAAUCAGGAUCUCAGCGAUCACUGCCUCAUUGCUUGUAUCCGCUACGGGUCCGCAGUCAAACGACCACCCCUAAUCACUGUCAAACGCUCCCUAAAACACUUCUGCGAGCAGGCCUUUCUAAUCGACCUGGCCCGGGUAUCCUGGAAGGAUAUUGACCUCAUCCCGUCAGUUGAGGAUGCCUGGUCAUUCUUUAAAAGUAACUUCCUCACAAUCUUAGAUAAGCAUGCUCCGUUCAAAAAAUGCAGAACUAAGAACAGAUAUAGCCCUUGGUUUACUCCAGACCUGACUGCCCUCGACCAGCACAAAAACAUCCUGUGGCGGACUGCAAUAGCAUCGAAUAGACCUCGCGAUAUGCAACUGUUCAGGGAAGUCAGGAACCAAUACACACAGUCAGUCAGGAAAGUAAAGGCCAGCUUUUUCAAGCAGAAAUUUGCAUCCUUUAGCUCUAACUCCAAAAUGUUCUGGGACACUGUAAAGUCCAUGGAGAACAAGAGCACCUCCUCCCAGCUGCCCACUGCACUGAGGCUAGGUAACACGGUCACCACCGAUAAAUCCAUGAUAAUCGAAAACUUCAACAAGCAUUUCUCAACAGCUGGCCAUGCCUUCCUCCUGGCUACUCCAACCUCGGCCAACAGCUCCCCCCGCAGCUACUCGCCCAAGCCUCCCCAGCGUCUCCUUUACCCAAAUCCAGAUAGCAGAUGUUCUGAAAGAGCUGCAAAACCUGGACCCGUACAAAUUAGCUGGGCUUGACAAUCUGGACCCUCUAUUUCUGAAACUAUCCGCCGCCAUUGUUGCAACCCCUAUUACCAGCAUGUUCAACCUCGUUUUGAGAUCCCCAAGGAUUGGAAAGCUUCCGCGGUCAUCCCCCUCUUCAAAGGGGGAGACACCCCGGACCCAAACUGUUACAGACCUAUAUCCAUCCUGCCCUGCCUAUCUAAGGUCUUCGAAAGCCAAGUCAACUAACAGAUGACUGACCAUCUCGAAUCCCACCUUACCUUCUCCGCUGUGCAAUCUGAUUUCCGAGCCGGUCACGGGUGUACCUCAGCCACGCUCAAGGUACUAAACGAUAUCAUAACCGCCAUCGAUAAAAGACAGUACUGUGCAGCCGUCUUCAUCAACCUGGCCAAGGCUUUCGACUCUGUCAAUCAUCAUAUUCUUAUCGGCAGACUCAGUAGCCUCGGUUUUUCUAAUGACUGCCUUGCCUGGUUCACCAACUACUUUGCAGACAGAGUUCAGUGUGUCAAAUCGGAGGGCAUGUUGUCCGGUCCUCUGGCAGUCUCUAUGGGGGUGCCACAGGGUUCAAUUCUCAGGCCGACUCUUUUCUCUGUAUAUAUCAAUGAUUUUGCUCUUGCUGCGGGCGAUUCCCUGAUCCACCUCUAUGCAGACGACACCAUUCUGUAUACUUCUGGCCCUUCCUUGGACACUGUGCUAUCUAACCUCCAAACGAGCUUCAAUUCCAUACAACUCUCAUUCCGUGGCCUCCAACUGCUCUUAAAUGCUAGUAAAACCAAAUGCAUGCUUUUCAACCGUUCACUGCCUGCACCCGCACGCCCGACUAGCAUCAUCACCCUGGAUGGUUCCGACCUAGAAUAUGUGGACAUCUAUAAGUACCUAGGUGUCUGGCUAGACUGUAAACUCUCCUUCCAGACUCAUAUCAAACAUCUCCAAUCUAAAAUCAAAUCUAGAGUCUGCUUUCUAUUUCACAACAAAGCAUCCUUCACUCACGCCUCCAAACUUACCCGAGUAAAACUGACGAUCCUACCGAUCCUCGACUUUGGCGAUGUCAUCUACUUAAUAGCUUCCAAUACUCUACUCAGUAAACUGGAUGCAGUUUAUCACAGUGCCAUCCGUUUUGUUACUAAAGCACCUUAUACCACCCACCACUGCGACCUGUAUGCUCUCGUCGACUGGCCAUCGCUACAUAUUCGUCGCCAGACCCACUGGCUCCAGGUCAUCUACAAGUCCAUGCUAGGUAAAGCUCCUCCUUAUCUCAGUUCACUGGUCACGAUGGCAACACCCACCCAUAGCAUGCGCUCCACCAGGUGUAACUCACUGAUCAUCCCUAAAGCCAACACCUCAUUUGGCCGCCUUUCCUUCCAGUUCUCUGCUGCCUGUGACUGGAACGAAUUGCAAAAAUCGUUGAAGUUGGAGACAUUUAUCUCCCUCACCAACUUUAAACAUCUGCUAUCUGAGCAGCUAACUGAUUGCUGCAGCUGUACAUAUUCCAUCGGUAAAUAGCCCACCCAAUUUACCUACCUCAUCCCCAUACUGUUUUUAUUUAUUUACUUUUCUGCUCUUUUGCACACCAGUAGCUCUACCUGCACAUGACCAUCUGAUCAUUUAUCACUGCAGUGUUAAUCUGCUAAAUUGUAAUUAUUCGCCUACCUCCUCAUGCCUUUUGCACACAAUGUAUAUAGACUCCUUUUUUUCUAUUUUUCUUUCUACUGUGCUAUUGACUUGUUUAUUGUUUACUCCAUGUGUAACUCUGUGUUGUUGUCUGUUCACACUGCUAUGAUUUAUCGUGGCCAGGUCGCAGUUGUAAAUGAUAACUUGUUCUCAACUAGCCUAUCUGGUUAAAUAAAGAAAAAUGAACAAAAAGCAGCAAAGACGGCCUCCGGGGUGGCGCAGUGGUUAAGGGCGCUGUACUGCAGCGCCAGCUGUGCCACCAGAGACUCUGGGUUCGCUCCCAGGCUCUGUCGUAACGUGGGGCGACGCACAAUUGGCCUAGCGUCGUCCGAGUUAGGGAGGGCUUGGCCGGUAGGGAUAUCCUUGUCUCAUCGCGCAUCAGGGACUCCUGUGGCGGGCCGGGCGCAGUGCGCACUAAUCAAGGUUGCCAGGUGCACUGUGUUUCCUCAGACGCAUUGGUGCGGCUGGCUUCCAGGUUGGAUGCGUGCUGUGUUAAGAAGCAGUGCGGCUUGCUUGGGUUGUGUAUCGGAGGACUUCGUCUCUCCCGAGCCCGUACAGGAGUUGUAGCGAUGAGACAAGAUAGUAGCUACUAAACAAUUGGAUACCACAAAAUUGGGGAGAAAAAGGGGUCAAAUCAACCAAACAAAAAAAAGCAGCAAAGACAAAGUUGUGGCCUCUCGUCAAAGUGCCACGAAAUCAAGGAAAGGGAAAAUAAAUACUACCGGGAUGAUUACCGGGAUGAUUUGUGCCGCUGGUAGGUUUACAAGGUAGCCCCUUCCCCACAGCAAACUGAGCCUUCUAGUUCUGAAUUGUGGUGUUUUGGUUUACAAGUUAAGACUUUGUUAAUACAUAUAUGAAGCAACUUUUUAUAGAGAGGGUGGAGUUGAGUUUGCAUAGGAUGUUUCUUUCUAUUCUGUAUAUAUGGACUUGAAGUUUAUGCCAGGGGGAUACGAAACCUGUUGAAGAGAGAAGCAAUUUUUUAGAUUGUUUUUGCAAGGACUGCAAUGCAGAUCCUGGUGGGAAUUUUAAUAUAGUUUAUUAUAAAGAGAGUGAUAGAUUGACCCAUAAACCUAACAUUGAUGUUAACAAAUUGGUGAAUUUCUGCCAAAGCCUAGACUUAAUUGACAUAUGCAGAGUUAAAAACCUGGAGAGAAACAAUACACAUGGAGUAAUAGAGAAUUGACUUGUGGGUGAUAACCUUUAGUCUUGAGCCCAACACUGUAGAUGUAACAAACUGCCUGCAGUCCUGACGGACCAUAAAGUCAUAUGGCUGACUAAGAAUGUGCAGUAAUGAUGAUAAGAAAUACUCUGGUGGAUAUUGGAAAUUAAAUAACUCAUUGUUAUUGCAUGAUGAUUUUAAAAAAUGUGAUUAAGAAUAUAAUUUCUGUUUACUGGAAUUUAGCUACAUCUAAUGCAGAACAUGGGAAAUAUUGGGACCUGCUGAAAUGUAAAAUCCGCUCAGCCUGUAUUACUUAUGGAAAACGGCUUGCUUUAAGAAAGGAGAUGUGAGGUAGUUGAACUCUAUUAGACAAUUGCGGAUAUCACUAGGGAUGCACAUUCAGAGGUGGGAAUCAACAAGGAAUAUAUGGGAAUUAACAGAAAUAUAUGCAAAUUAAUAUUAAUACCAUUUAAAUGUAGAUGGGUUUUGCAUUGGAUAUAUGUACCAUAUCCUAUGGAGACAAACAUAAACCUUCUACCUUAUCAAGUAGACAUAAUUGCAAAUGAUUAAAUCCUUCCAAUAUACAUUUUUAAAAACUAUCUCGUUACGAAUUGAAUUUUUUUUAAAUGAGUUGACUUCACACGGGAUGAUUUCACUGAACAACAAAAGAAAGGGAAUAUUGAAUGAUCCCCAAUGAUCCAUCGCAUCUCCCAAAAAUGUUUUCAACAUACAUUUCAACAAAAUGAUAGUCUAGAAACUAAAACUUUGGUUGUCUUCCUCUCAGGCUUCCAUGUCUUCUCCCUGGACCUCCUCAAUGUCCACCUCUUGAACAUCAGACUCUGAGGCCUCAUCUUCACUGUCACUUUCCAACCUUGUUGAGAAUAGCUCGUUGUCAGGCUCAAAAAGCCUCAAAUUUGUCCGGAUGGCCACCAAUUUUUCGAACCUUUGUAUUGGUCAGCCUGUUGUGUGCUUUGGUAUGUGUGUUCCCAAACAAGGACCAGUUGCGCUCUGAGGUGGCUGAUGUUGGUGGGAUUUGGAGGAUGAUGGAGGCAACAAGGGAAAGAGCCUCAGAUCCACAAAGUCCCCUCCACCAGGUGGCUCAUGAGAUAUCUUGGCACGACCGCCAUAUUGCAUCUCCAUCCCAAAGCCCUUGCUUGGAAGUGUAAUUUGCCAGACUGCCAAGAAAGUUGCCCUCAUCCAGGCCAAGGUGGCGAGACACAGUAAUGAUGACACCAUAGGCCUUGUUGAUCUCUGCACCAGACAGGAUGCUCUUGCCAGUAUACUUGGGGUCCAACAUGUACGCUGCGGCGUGUAUGAGCUUCAGGCAGAAGUCUUCACGCUUUUUGAUGUAUUUCAGAACUG